AGGGGAGAAAAGCGGGGGGGCAGCGAGUUGUGCGCCUUGUGAGCUCGCAGCUGUUCCAGGUUGCAAUGCCUCUGCUGCUCUCCCGUGCUUUAGUUUAGUCUGCCCCCCGCCCCCUUUUCCUUCCCGUUCGCUUUGGUUGGGGACAUCUAAAAAAAAUUUCCCUUUCUUUGCUAUAAUCUCUCUGGCGCUGGCCCACUUCGCCCUCCCUAUUUUUGUGGGGAAUGCCGGGGUGGGGGCUUGUGAUUUUUGAGCCCUCGUUCUAGUGCUUGGCCUUUUGGGGGAGUGUUGAUGCGGCGUUAUGGGGCGCUGGAUCUGCUGUCCAACGCGAGUUCGUAGCACUUGCACUAGCUUGUCGGGGAGCCUGCGAGAUCAGGAGUUGGGGAUUGUGCUGCCACUCUGCUGAAAGUUGAGACAAGGUGGACAGGUUGUGGUGUUUCCCUGCCUGUUAGAGUCUGUAGUUCUGCGUUCCUGAUCAACUGCUCUUACGCGAUUGUUGUCAUCUCAAUCUGUUUCGCCAAGCAUGGCUGGGCAAACGGCAAAGGCAAAGGAAGCAGGAAAAGAUGACAGACAAGAACCUGGAGCGGAGGCGACGAAAGAGAAGCUACUGCCGUCUCACAAGCAGCAAGAGCCUCCAGCUUCUGUGGUGGACAAGGAUUCUUCUGGUGUCUCUUCAGUCCCUGGUGAUGAGUCGCCGCCAGUCCUGGAUGGGGAUUCUGGUGAGUUAAAAGAGGAGGAAAACUUGGAUGGUAAUGGGAAUAAGGAAAAGAAAACGUCUCAAAAGAGCAGUACAAGUGACGGCUUUGCUUCUGCUAAAGUGAGUGAUGGGACAAGUAGUUUGAGGAAGACUAGUGGUAGUGCGACGAUGAGCACACGGGCUGAUUUCACUGAGAGUGGGAAGAGUAGCAUGUGCCGUGCGAGCACGGGCAGUGACAUUAGUGAUGAGAGCUCCUGCAGCAGCAUGAGCAGUGCCACCACAAAGCCACACAAGGGGAAUGAUUCAAGGUGGGAGGCAAUCCAUGUGGUGAAGUCCAGGGAUAAUGCUCUUGGUCUGAAUCAUUUUAGGCUGCUUAAGAAGUUGGGUUCUGGUGAUAUAGGAAGUGUGUAUCUCUCUGAAUUGAGUGGUACACGGAGUUACUUUGCUAUGAAGGUUAUGGAUAAGACUUCUUUGGCGAGUAGGAAGAAGCUGCUUCGAGCUCAGACCGAGCGGGAGAUCCUGCAGUCCCUGGAUCAUCCAUUUCUACCAACCCUGUAUACUCACUUUGAGACAGAUAAGUUUUCAUGCUUGGUUAUGGAAUUCUGUCCUGGAGGGGACCUUCAUACUCUUCGGCAAAGGCAGCCUGGAAAAUAUUUUUCAGAGCAAGCAGCAAAGUUCUAUGUAGCAGAGGUGCUCCUUGCAUUGGAAUACCUGCAUAUGCUUGGGAUUAUAUACCGUGAUCUUAAACCAGAAAAUGUUCUUGUUCGGGAAGAUGGCCACAUCAUGCUGUCAGACUUUGAUCUCUCUCUUCGUUGUUCAGUAAGCCUAACGGUGAUCAAAUCUGCAAAUCCUGGCCUAGAUGCAAUGCAGAGGAACAAUGCAGCAUACUGUGCCCAGCCUGCUUGCAUUGAACCAUCCUGCAUUCAGCCCUCUUGUGUAGCUCCAACUACUUGCUUUGGCCCCCGGUUCUUCAAAUCUAAAUCCAAGUCGAAAUCCAAGUCCAAGAAGGAGAAGUCAAAGUCUGAUGCUCCAAACCAAGAGAACCUCUUCCCAGAGCUCAUUGCUGAGCCAACUGAUGCUCGCUCAAUGUCCUUUGUUGGCACCCAUGAGUACUUGGCCCCAGAAAUAAUAAAAGGGGAGGGCCAUGGAAGUGCUGUGGAUUGGUGGACCUUUGGCAUAUUCUUGUACGAGUUGUUGUUUGGCAAGACCCCGUUCAAAGGUUCAGGCAACCGGGCUACACUCUUCAACGUUGUGGGCCAGCCCUUGAGGUUCCCAGAGUCCCCAAUUGUGAGCUUCUCUGCGAGGGACAUGAUAAGGGGAUUGCUAGUCAAGGACCCGCAGCACCGACUUGGGUACAAGCGUGGUGCUACCGAGAUAAAGCAACAUCCUUUCUUUGAGGGUGUGAACUGGGCUCUCAUAAGGUGCGCAAGCCCUCCAGACAUACCAAAGCCUGUUGAGCUCGAGUGCCGCCCAAAGCAAGUGCCAUCAGCAAAUGGAAAGGUCGCGCCAGUCGCUAACCAAAAGGGGCCAGAUAAUUAUCUAGAGUUUGAGUUCUUCUAGGGAAUUUAUGUGAUUUCUGAACUGAGAGAGAGCAUCUGGGCUGAUGCUGUUGAAAGAAAGUGAAAGAUGAUGAGCUACUCUAGGCAUGUGCUUGGCUGGUUUUUUUUCUGCCAUUAGACUGUAUGCUCGUUUCAGGAUAUCCGAGUUGUUAUUUUUCCGUGUUGAACUGCUUAACUCUAGGGUCUACUCAAUCCAUCAUGUAUGUUGAAAUUUUCAGAACCCACCUAUGGUACUUGAAAUGGAUUUCAGGUCUACUUGUUCUAGCUGUCUGUGUAA